AUGGAGUCGCUGGAUCAGCGUCAGCCUGCCGCGACCGAGCUGCGCGAUCUGGAUCUGCAAGCAUGGAAUACUCUGAAAGCACUGCACCUAUUCUACCAUGAGUGGCAACAAGAAGACCGGCGAGUCCCUAGCCAAAAAGAUCAAGGGCGCGCGCGAUUUCGCGAUCAAGAAAUGGGUCCCAAAGGUGCACACGUGAUUGCAGAGGAACUCAAAGUGAACACGACGCUGGUAGCGCUCGGCUUGUACAACAAUGACAUUGGCCCUGUUGGCGCAAACGAGCUUGCCACGGUGCUUGGCACCGAAUCUUCCCGCUUGGCCAUUCUUGCGUUGUUUGAGAACCACAUUGGUGAUGAAGGUGCUAUCGCAAUGGCCCUUGCCCUUAAAAACAACAAGACGCUGACUCAGUUGUAUUUGGCCAACAAUAAGAUUGGCGAAGUUGGAGCGAGAGCCCUCGCACUUGCUCUCCAAACCAACUCCAGUUUGACAGGAUUGUCUCUCCAUGAAAAUAGUAUCGGUGAUGCAGGAGCGCUGGCGAUCGCCGAGGCGCUGGCAGUCAACACGUCCAUGACUGAGCUCUACUUGCACACGAAUGGCAUUGGUGAUCCGGGCGCGAUUGCGAUUGCCACGGCGCUCACCAAGAACAAGACCUUGACUCGUUUAGCGCUGGAGCAAAACAACAUUGGGAAGGCUGGUGCCGAGAAAAUUGCUGCCGCACUCAAAGAAAACGAAAGUCUGACCGAGUUGGAUCUGGGUGAGAAUGAAAUCCCGUCCGACGUUGUAAAAAAGUUCAAGGCGCCCAGCGAUAAGAAAAAGUGCACCAUUCGCUUGGAUCACCAGAAAAGCGCAAGCGUCGUCCAGUCCGAGCCUAGUAUCGUUUCCAUCGUCGGCAAAGCCACCAGCGGUUCAUUAAAUUUGGAGAGCAAGAAGAUUGCCGAACUUGCCAUGGAAGCCAUCUCGCGGGCUAUCGUGACGAACGGGACGAUCACAAAAAUGAAUUUGAAGAACAACACCCUCGCAGAUAUCGGUGCUAGACUUUUGGUCGAAAAUUUGGUCGAUAGCAAGCUGCAUCUGAAUCUUGUCAGCUUAAACUUGGAUUCCAACAACAUUGGCAACGAUGGAAUGGGUCAUCUUUGCAAGCUCCUCGAGGGGUCUGCUUUGCAAGAAUUGAGUCUGAACCAUAAUUGGAUUGGUGAUGCUGGAGCCCAGGCCAUCGCGAGCACACUUACAGCCACCACUCGCAAGUUUGAUCAAAUGGAGCUCAGGCUGAAGGGCAAUCGGAUUGGCGAAUUGGGUGGUGACGCAAUACUCCUCGCUCUGAAACCUCUGAGCACGCAAUUCAAGCUCGACCUGUCCGAGAACAGAUUGCCCGCGAGGUGCACGGAAAAGUUUGACCAGCUCAAGUCUGUCCUGGUUGACAAGCAAGACACGCCCCCACCCAUCACCACUCUUCUGGAUCGUCUGCGCAGCUACGAGACACAAAUGAUGACAGACCACAUGGAGUUUCGCUCGCUGUUCUUUGAGCUCGAAUCCGCUCUGGCCGCGUCGAGCACAUUUACCGAGAGGAUUCUUGCCGAUGUUGUGGUGCAGCAAGAGGAAAUCUCCAAACUCAACCGGCAGAUGAGCGCAUGGCCCAAGAAGCUCGAGAAGGCGCGCAUCAAACGUGAUACUGCCGAGAAAGAUCUCAAGACGAAAGAGCUCGAGUUGGAGGAGAUCAAGACCAAGAAUGAGGUACUCGAGUUUCAGAUGAGCAAGGUUCGCAACAACGAGGAAAAGCUGCGAUUGCUUGCGGAACAAGUGCAAGCUGCCGAAGCCCGACAAGCUGCCACCAAUGCGGAACUCCAGGGAGCUCGCGGUGAAAUAGGCCGUCUUCAUACUGCAUCGCAGAAGGCACACACGGAUCUCACAGCUCUUCGAGCGGAGCUCGCUCGCAAGAGCACCGAACUCGAGCAGGCGCAAGCUCAAGUACAAGCUCAAGCACAAGCUCAAGUACAAGCCGCCGCGCGUGCUCCUGCCGCCGUCCCUGUAACUGCCCCUUUAACCGCCCCUUUAACCGCCCCUUUAACCGCCUCGCCAGCCCGUGGUCCUACUGCUGCCGAGUCAACUUCACCUGCCAUGGGUGUAGCAAUCCCCAAAAUUCCGCUCAAAGAUCUGUCCAAUGCGACCAGCCAGUUUGCAGACAACAACGCGCUCGGUAGCGGUGGUUUCGGCAAAGUGUACGCUGGUGUCUGGUCGCAACAAGUUGCUGUCAAGCGCCUGGCGAACCAAUCCAACCAAGGGACUCAGCAAUUCCAGGCCGAGCUUGAGGCCUUGUCGCGGUUUCGACAUCCAAACAUUGUCACGCUCUUGUGCUAUGCCGAGGAAGGCACUGAGCGCUGCCUUGCGUAUGAGUUGAUGAUCAAUGGGUCUGUUCGCGAUCGCCUCGACCGCAAAUCCGGCAGCCCUGCACUGACUUGGCCGCAACGACACCGCAUUGCGCGCGAUGUGGCUCGGGCAAUGGACUAUGUACAAACCGCUUAUCGUCAGCCGCUAUUCCAUCUAGAUCUCAAAACGGCCAAUGUGCUAUUGGACGCUGAGUGGGUUGCCAAAGUUGCUGAUUUCGGUCUCAACCGCGUUGCGCCGCUCAAUUACGACGCGCACAACUACAUUCGGACGGAGACUGUGCAAGGAACGAAGGGCUACAUGUGUCCCGAGUAUCAGACCGAGGGCAAAGUGUCCGUCAAAACCGACGUGUACUCUUACGGAAUCAUUCUGCUCGAGAUACUGACAGCCAGAGCUCCCAACAUGGACCUGACGGCUGAUGUACGCAGAGUGUUCAAGCGAAAGCGAGUGAUGAACGAUAUUCUCGACGCCGCCAUCUCGUGGGACGCGGCAGAUGCCGAGUCCGCCAAUGACAUGGGCCAUCUUGCAUUGGACUGUCUUGAGUCUCGAGUCGAUCGGCCCUCCUUUGGUGUAAUUCUGCGGCGGCUGAUGGGCGAAGAUCCUGAUUCAGAGCCAGAUGUCGAGGGCGAGCGAGCCCGCGAGUGUCUUGUCUGUGCCGAGGCGCCGACGACCGCCAAGCUCAAUCCUUGCCACCACGCCUGUGUUUGUGUGUCGUGUGCAAAGCGGUUGAUCGAGCUCCACUUGAGCUGUCCAGUUUGCCGAGCGCCAAUUGAGAGCAUGACCGAGGGUCAAUAUUCUCAAACGUACGUCGCGUGAGUGUGAGGUCGAGUUCAAUAAACUAUUUAUAAACUA